AAAAAAAAUAAAAGGCAAAAUGGCCGACCCUCGUGUAUAACUAGACGUUGUUUAUCUCGGGGUUUUUUUGGGCCCAUAUUUUCUUCCGUUAAUCUUAAAUUCUUGUCAUAAAAUUUCCAGUUGCAAAUGUCUCUUAACACGUUCGUCAUUGCAGUAUUCCUGAUUGGUUGAUUCGACAACGAAACAAAAUGUACCUAUUCAUAAAAUGUCUGGAACUGAUGGUGAAGACGAUUACAAGGCCCUUCAGAGCUUUGGUGAUGGUGAAGGCGAUGAUGAUCUUGGUCUCUUUGGAGAUUUAUCAUCUUUUGAAGGGCUGGCUCUUGAAGAAGAUGCUGCUGAAAGUGGAAGCUUGUGCCCUCAGUGUUUGGAAAAAUACAAAAAUCCCAGAGUCUUAUCAUGUCUCCAUGUUUUGUGUGAAAACUGCCUGAAGGAGUUGCUUGCUGUAGACAAUGAAGACGGGUGUGAAAAUGUGAUUUAUUCAGGGAGAAGCAAACCACAUAGGGCUUUUAUUGUAUGCCCACUAUGCAAACAGGAGACCUCAGCAGGAGAACGAGGUUUAAGUUCACUGCAUCUGGAUCCGGUAUAUCAAAAAAAGACUGCUUCGGAUUCCUGUCUUUCUGGGUUGAUAUGUACCAGCUGCAAAGCCAAUGAGGAAGCUGUUGCAAAGUGUAUGGAUUGUGACAAUUUAUUGUGUCCCAAUUGUUACUCAGCUCAUAAAUAUAUGCGCUGCUUUGAUAAUCAUUCGGUUAUCACAUUCGAAGAGUUGAGUCAAUCCGGUCAAUCUGUGCCUAUAAGGAGAAAUCCAAAUUGUCCAAGACAUCCUACUGAAAGCUUCAAGUAUUUUUGUAAUACCUGUCAGGUUGCCACUUGUACCCAGUGUUUGAACACCUUUCAUUUGGCUUUAGAACACAGAACAGAGCGAUUGACCGACGCAGAAGCACGUUGCCGAGCCGAGUUGACACAGUUCAGCGAAGAAAUAAGCGUCCGCCAAAACUCAUGUCGUAUCAAUGCAAACAAACUGGAAAAAAUGUUGGGGGAACUGCAACACCAACACGAUGCGGCUAAAGCAACCAUUGCGGAAGUUCACCAAGCUUAUGUUGCACUGUUAGAAAAGAAACGGGAACAGAUGCUUGAAGAGCUCGAGGCCCUUCACAGUAAACAGGAAUUAAGCAUAAUGGAAGCUUGUCAACGAGUAGACCGCACACGUGAUCGUAUUCAGACGGCCCUGCGCUAUACCAAAAUGCUAUUGGGCGACGCUGAACCGGCUGGCCUGUUACAUCUUUCUGCUAGUAUUAAAGCCCAGAUGCAGUUGCUGCAUAAUGCGGCAUCACGAAAUGACGAAGUGGAUGUGCUUUUAAAAUUCGAAUCAAAUCUGUCACGUUUCGAAGAUGCGCUGAAUGGCUCGUAUGGCUAUUUCGCCCAACAUGGUAGCAGUGGUGUAAACAGUAGCGGUGUUCCAUCUAAACCAGUGUCUUCUCUGGGCUUGCCGACACCUUCAUCAACUCCACUGCCUCCUUCACCUACCCAUUCAUCUCCAUUGGAAACGCAACCUUCUUCUUCUGGCAAUUUGUCUAAUAUCGGCUACGGGAUGUCUUCGGGCAUGUUAAAAAACGAUCUCACUCACUCGGGCUUGCUGUCAUCAAUGGCCGACAUGACCAACGCGCCACCCGACCUCUCGGCCGCCUUAAGCCUGUCAUCGUUCGCCAAUUCGAUGUCGUCUUCGUCAUCGUCUCCUUCGAUGAGGGCUCUUGAUCUCAACUCGCUGGGAUCAGUCGGUUCUAUGACGUCCAUACAAGAGUACAAUCUGCAGCAGCUGGCCUCACUAGCUGGCAAAGCUGAAUGCCAAAACCCGAUUCAACAGCAACACCACCAUAUUCAUCAGCAACAGCAACAUCAGCGCCAGCAAGCCGGUCUGCCCCCGCCGCGUGGCACUCCGUCCCCUCAUCCUACGUCGCCCUUUACGCUUGCCGACUUGCUAGCAGGCGACAUGAACGUUACCAGUCACGCUUUCACGAAUCUUCAAGCCUUGGCCAAGCUCGGCUCUCACAAAGGUUCUUUAGGUAUGGAUGCCUUAGGAGGAGCAAGUCAUGGAGUCUCCUCAUUGGGCCAUUCUGGAAUGCAGAGCUUGGGCACUAAUCUAGGGCUAUUGGUGAAUGGCGGUGGGUCGUCGUCCGUAAGCCACAACGGUGGACUAGGUGGUCCGCCUCUGUCCCCUCACGAUGCAUCAUUGCUUGCCUCGGCCCUAAGUGCCCCUCCGUUCAUUCCGUCGAAUUCGCCACGGCCAUCUUCUGCCGUCUCAGCCUCGUCAAGUGCCUCUUAUACUGCCGGUAGCAGCACUGGAACCUUGGCAUCCAAUCCAAAGUACAUCCCUAUGCAAACCCGCGUUCGUUUUGGACAACUAGGCUCGGCAAAAGGGCAAUUCAAUUCGCCCCAUGGCUUCUGUUUGGGCAUUGAUGAAGACAUCGUCGUCGCUGACACCAACAAUCAUCGCAUUCAGAUAUUCGACAAAGACGGGCUGUUCAAACAUGACUUCGGCAAUCCUGGUAAAGAAGAAGGCCAACUUUGGUAUCCGCGUAAAGUUGCCGUCAUUCGCCAGACCGGAAAAAUCGUCGUGUGUGACCGCGGAAACGAGCGCUCAAGAAUGCAAAUUUUCUCACGAACAGGCCAGUUUAUCAAACGGAUCGUUAUACGGUACAUAGAUAUUGUAGCUGGCUUGGCUAUAAAUGAACAAGGUCAUAUUGUUGCCGUCGACUCCGUGUCGCCAACCGUCUUCCGAAUAACUGAAAAUGGCGACUUGAUCAAAUGGUUUGAUGUGUCCGAUCGGAUGCGCGAACCCUCAGAUUUGGCCAUUCACGGGAAAGAGUACUACAUCUGCGAUUUCAAGGGUCAUUGCGUGGUGGUAUUUAAUGAAGAAGGAGAAUACGUCCGUCGAAUCGGGUGCGAAUCUAUUACCAAUUUCCCCAACGGCAUUGACAUAUCGGAUGCUGGUGACGUUCUUAUUGGAGAUUCUCAUGGAAAUCGCUUCCAUGUGGCUGUAUUCUCCCGCACUGGUUUCCUGCUUUCUGAGUUUGAGUGCCCGCACGUCAAAGUCUCACGCUGCUGUGGACUCAAGAUAACAUCUGAAGGUUUUGUGGUGACACUGGCCAAAAACAACCAUUACGUCCUCGUGCUCAACACAUUGUACAUCGUAUAAGAAAAAGGCGCACUACAACAAACCAAGGUCGUGGGACGCCGACGGUUUAACUGGGAAAAGACGUUUUUUUGCUUCCAUAAUCGGCGAUGCCCAACUCAUCAGAUGAUUUUCUCAUUCGUUCAACAGUGUGACCCAACAGCGCAGGUCACCCAACACUUUGUGCCUUCGACUGCGUCCCCUUUUCGCGUUUUACACACUCACCGAUGUUUUCGUUUUUUUUCAAUGGCCAGUUUACGGAUACUUAACUGUUCAUUUUCAAGCGUUACCUUUUGAUCCCUCCUCCGACAGGCCUGUGGUUCGUUUUGUUUUUUUAACUGCUUGUGUCAGUUAAGCAGGUCCAGUGAAUUGUUCGAAGGAUGGAGAACAUAUUCAAUGGCCGUCAUACCGAAGGGUGUGCAUGACGAGUGGGUCCAUUUAUUGAUUAUAACCUUCAGCGAGGUGGCGAACUUCUGCACCAAUCAUUGAGCAAUAUUUAGAGUGAAUUUCUCAUUUUUUCCUUUUCCUUUCACCUGGAACCUGAAUGUGUUUGAUGCUAAUCGUUCCUAGUCACUCCCACCCUUUGUCGUCCUAUUCCCCCCACCCCCCACCAAGUACUACGGAACUGUUUUGAGUCAAGGAAACGAAAAAUCUGACGCCGUGUCUUCCAUUUUUUUGCAAUAACUGGAUACCCGAAUUUUUGCAAUUCGUUGUGGUCUUUGGUUUUUGCGACUAGGAGUAGAUUGACGUAAAUCACUUUGUCACAUUCCAAUUCUUUGUUUAUUAUGUGAAAUUAAGUCAGAGCAAAGUCCCCCCUUUUUUUUUGGUUUUUCUUUCCAAGCAAAUAGUCAUGAUGUUCGUGAAAUAGCUGUUUAGUUUUGUCAAAAACAUCCCCAAAAAAGAAAAAAAAAAAAGAAUAAUCCGGAAAUUUCAAGGUAUACAGAAAGUCAUGGAAUAAAACGUGCCUUAAAUUUCAGUUGUCUGCCCCCUCCCCCCCAGUCCACCAGAAGAUAAGAUAAAAACCUAGAUUUCGUAAUAUGUAUUCUUCACCCAAUCAUCUCUUCGAUUUCCCUUGUUUUGCCAAUGCGGUUUUGAAACCUAUGGGGCUUGGCCCUUUUUCUAGUUGAUCUACCACGAUCUAGUUUUAACCGUUUUGUUAUUGGUUAACUCACUUUUCCUUGUCGUUACGGUUGUGGAAGUCCGAUGAUAUUCAGAACUCAAAUCUACUCCAUGAUUUCAGUUUGUGUUUCCAUCCGUUACCAACGAAAAAUGUUCUCGUCGUCGAGAAGGAUCGUUCAAAGUGUAUGGUUUAUACACUUUGUCCUGCUUCCACACGUGAAAUGUUUUUUUGCUUUGUAAUGGGUAGUCAUGUGCUGAUUUUCUAAAUUCUUUUUUCCCCUCAUGUAUCGCGUCCAAGCUCAAUAUUCCGUUUGCCAAUUGUUUCAUUCUUUUUUUUUUCUUUUUGCGUUUCCGUUCCAACUGUUUAAAACGCUCGGCCGUUUGUUUUGUCUGUGUUUUUCAAAUGAGAAGUCACUUUUGAAAUAACUCUAAUCUUUGGCCACGGAAGCUUUACGUCUUUCGACGCCAGAUGAGCCAGUUAUAAAUAUAUAUCUAGAUUCUCGUGUAUCCCAAGUCUUUCUGCGUGACUGAGUGCGCCGUUUCGUUUAUCACGUGCUUGCUUUCUCCGGGCCAGUGCGAGAAAGGGCGAAGAGUCGGAUGGCAAACUCGCCUUCGAGUUGAUCCACAUAUCCUAUUAUGCCUCUUCGUUUCUUUUUGUGUUUUUCUUUCUUUACUUUCAGUCCACCUUUUCUCAUCAUCCGGGCUAGCCAAAUGUCCAAAACCAAGAAUUUUGUUUUGUUUUUUUUUUGCUCCUUUUUUUUUUCCUUUUUGUUGUCAUUGUUCUUAACGUAUACGUGUCUUCUUUUUCCCAGGGUUCGCUUUCUUUUAGUUUCUAUGUCUGUUGCAAAGAGACCUUGGUGCCACCGUUAUGUUAUCCACGUCAUAAUUCGCGCAAGUGAAGGAGCUCCGUCUCCUAGGAAACGAAAUCUAUUUUUCAUUUACUCUCGAGUUGGUAAAAAAUAACAAAACCUCCUGGAAUUGGGUGAUCCCUUGUCAAGUAUGUUUGUCGUCACGCUUUUGACCAUCUUUUGUGGUUCUUUUCUUCUCGCUGCUUCUUUUGGCCGCGAUCCUUGUGUUUUCUUUUUCAUUCUCUUCGCGAAGCAAUUCUCUAUAAUCUCCAUAAAUUUGUUUGAUUGUUCGUUUUUUUUUUCACGAUGUGUAUUGAUUUUCUUUUUCUCUUUUUAAAAACCAUUGAAUACACAGUUUUUUU